GGCUCUGCCACGUAAUGUUGCGUUCCGUUUAUAAAUUAUCAUCGAUACAUAAUUUCAUAAAUUUUCAUUGUUAAUCUAGAAGCAAUGCCAAAAACUGUGACAUUUCUGACGUAACAGUGACUAUUCUCAUUCAAUUGGUACUGAGAUCAAGGGAGACAAGCGAAUUAAAAUGUCUCAACCUAGUGGUUAUCAGCCGUCUUACCCGGAUUUAUUGAAAAGUGGCGCAGCACCACCACCACCACCAUUAGCCUCUAUGGUCAAUGGUCAAUCAAGUGCUAUUCCACCCAUACAAAAUGGGACGCAGCAGCAGGCUGCUGCAUUAUUUAAAAAUCCAACGGGUACACCAUCGUCACAAUCGUCCCGAGAUCCAUCGAGAGAAACUUCCAGAGACCCAUCUCCAACCCAACAUCUCUAUACUCAGUACAGACCUCAACUGACGCGUCCUCCAAUGCCUCCGAUGAAUGGCCAGCAAUCCCAACCAAUUCUUCAAGAGCGUCAAUAUCCUCUUGUUCCUCAUCAACACAUGACCAAUCCACCGCGUCCAGGAUUACCUCCAAAUUCUCAGGAGUCCAUGAGACCUCAUAACUUACCCCCCUCGAAUCCGAAUUUGAAUCCUCAGUACCCUCCAAUCAACACUCCAGUCUCCAAUGUCAAUCACCAGCAGUGGAAACAUUCAACAAGUGCCCAACAGCAUCAGGAUAGUAGUUUAAACUCGGCAAUGCAAAAGCAGCCGUUGAUACAAUUGGCGACAUCUCCACAGGGUAAUCAAUCAAAUGUACAAAAUUCAUCGAGACAAUUGGCUUCACAUCCAGCUCAAAUGCAGUACAUGAAUCAAGUAUCACCACCACAAGUACCACAAGCACCACAGCCACUGCAAAAUCCCCAACAACAACAACAAGGCCUCCAGAAUAAUUAUCUCAAUCAACCAUCAACCAUUCCAUCCACUUAUCCCAAUCAAAAUGUCUACAGUAGUUGUGCGAAUUUACCUAGUCAAAGAAAAUAUCCUCAGGCACCUUUUACUGGACCACCACCAAGAGAGAGUAAUAUUGGCUAUCAACACUAUCAACAGCAGCAGCAACAACAACAACAACAACCAUACUUUGGACAAAUGGCCAAUGUUCCCUUGGAUAAUUUAUCAAAAAGAUAUCCUGGUGCACCAGGUUAUACCAACGAUGCGUCAAUGAAUCAAUUGAAUACUCAAAUGGGAUCACUCAGUGUUACUAAAACCGGUUUCAAUAGCCUCUGGGGCCAACAGUCUCUUGAUCUAUUGCAGUGCAGAACUGUACUGCCAUGUGAAAAAGUUGAACCUCCAAAGAUUGGGUUGCAGCAGGAAUUUUUGGAUAGUGUCAACUGUAGCCCUGAGAUAUUUAGAUGCACCUUGACUAAAGUGCCAGAGAGCAACUCGUUGCUGCAAAAAUCAAGAUUACCACUGGGAAUUUUGAUUCAUCCAUUCAAGGACCUCAAUCAUUUAUCUGUCAUACAAUGUAGCACAAUAGUACGGUGUCGUGCUUGUCGUACGUACAUCAAUCCAUUUGUUUAUUUUGUCGAUUCAAAAAGAUGGAAGUGCAAUUUGUGUUAUCGAGUCAAUGAACUUCCUGAGGAGUUUCAAUUUGAUCCAGUUACAAAAACUUAUGGAGAUCCAUCGAGAAGACCCGAAGUUAAAACGAGUACAAUUGAAUUUAUCGCUCCAAGUGAAUACAUGCUCCGUCCACCUCAGCCAGCUGUCUAUUUGUUUUUACUUGAUGUAUCGAGAUUAGCUGUGGAGAGUGGAUAUCUGAAUAUUGUUUGCCAAGUUAUAUCGGAGGAAUUAUCAAAAUUACCAGGGGACAGUAGAACACAAGUGGGUUUUCUAGCUAUAGAUUCAGCUGUACAUUUUUUCAGCAUGCCAGAUAAUGUUUCUCAACCACACGAAUUGAUAAUGCUCGAUGUUGAUGAUGUUUUUCUACCAUGUCCUGACAAUUUAAUUGUCAAUUUGAGGGAGAGAGAGGAAUUAAUACGCGAUUUAUUGGCUCAGUUGCCAACAAAAUUCAGUGGUACACACGAUACAAAUUCAGCACUUGGGGCUGGAUUACAAUCUGCCUUUAAAUUAAUGUCAGCAACUGGUGGACGUGUAACGGUGUUUCAAUCGUGCCUACCCAAUAUUGGACCAGGAACUCUUCAGUCACGCGAGGAUCCCAACACUCGUGCUAGUAAAGAUGUCCAACACUUGAAUCCAGCUACUGAUUUCUACAAACGUUUAGCACUCGACUGCAGUGGUCAACAAAUAGCUGUUGAUCUUUUCUUAUUAAAUAGUCAAUACAGUGACUUGGCAACACUCUCAGGGAUGUGUAAAUUUUCAGGUGGCUGUAUUUAUCACAUUCCCUUGUUUCGUUAUAACAAACCUCAGCACAAUGAUACACUUGAGAGAAUGCUGCGUCGAUAUUUGACAAGAAAAAUAGGUUUUGAAGCUGUCAUGAGAAUCAGAUGUACAAGAGGCUUAAGUAUACACACAUUUCAUGGCAAUUUCUUUGUUAGAUCAACAGAUCUAUUGAGCUUACCCAAUGUUAAUCCUGAUGCUGGAUUUGGAAUGCAAGUGUCGAUUGAAGAAAAUUUAUCAGACAUACAAACAGUGUGUUUUCAAGCUGCAUUGCUAUAUACAUCGAGUAAAGGAGAAAGGCGCAUAAGAGUUCAUACACUUUGUUUACCAGUUACAGCUAGUUUAACUGAUAUUUUGUACUCAGCUGAUCAGCAAUGUAUUAUUGGAUUGCUAUCUAAAAUGGCAGUUGAUAGAGCCCAACAGUCAACCUUGACCGAUGCUAGAGAUGCACUUAUUAAUGUAGCUAUCGACGUUCUAUCCACUUACAAAAUCUCUCAGUCUGCAUUAUCUGGAGGUCUCAUGGCGCCCAUGAAUUUGAAACUACUGCCACUUUACAUAAUUGCUUUAUUGAAAUUUACUGCAUUCAGAUUAGGAACAAGUACUCGGUUGGACGAUCGUGUUUACUCCAUGUGUCAAAUGAAAACUCUACCCCUAUCUCAACUUAUACAGACAGUCUAUCCAGAUUUUUAUCCAAUUCAUGCACUUGAUGAUACGAAAAAUACCAAGGAUAUAGAUGGAAAAGUAUGCCCACAACCACCAAGGCUACACUUAUCCGCUGAGAAACUAGAUUUUCGCGGUGCAUUCUUGAUGGACGCUGGAGACAGAAUAUUCAUCUACAUUGGCAAAAAUAUUGAUUCACAAUUCUGUUGCAACGUACUUGGUGUUUCAGCAUAUAGCUCCAUACCAGAAGAGAUGUAUGAAUUACCUGAAUUGGAGACUGUUGAAAGUCAGCGACUGCGCAACUUUGUUUUUAGUCUACAAGAUGAAAAACCCUACCACGCAUCAAUACAAAUUAUUCGUGAUGACAGUCACUUCAGGAGUCUGGUCAUUGAACGCUUGAUUGAAGACAGAUGCGAAUCAGCCCUGAGUUACUAUGAAUUUCUGCAACACAUAAAAACCCAAAUAAAAUAGUUCAGUAUUUCAAGUUCAUCUCAAUCGAACAUGUGAAAUUUCAAGUGUAGCUAAAUCAAUUGAUGCAUGAAGAGAUACGAUGGCAUGAGUGCUCGGAACGUGAUCUUCACUGACUGUUUAGAUUAUAAAAUGAACAAAAGAUGGAGAAGUAUGCAUUAAUUGUAAACAACUUGUGUGAAAAGACAUUGAAAAAUUUUUAUGACAGAAAAUAAGCCUUAAACAAAUGCAUUAUAGGCAUUUAACAAAAUCUAUUGUAAUUAACUAUCGUCGUUGAUAAUUUUUAACUAAAACUCGAUAUUUUUAGUUAAUUCAUAUUCAGUUCCCAGGAGGAUUAUAUAAAAAAAGUAAAGUCAUCUUGCAUCAUGUGUGUAUUUUUUUUCUUCAUUAUUAUUAUUAGUGAUCAUUUGAAUUAGGUGAAUGGAUAUAAUUUCUCCAUAAUUGUCAUUGUCCUCCAACAGUCAUAGGUCACAUAGUUGCAUCACCUAUGAAGAACAAUAAAUAAAUUUUAAAAAAAGUUAAAUUCAGUCAUUUAAAGUGCACAUGUAGGCACUUUUUUGUGUCAACGCUUUCAUCAUCCCAUACAUACUACUUUGUAGCAAAAAUUGAUAAAUAGUUGGAGUGUAUGAAUAAAAACGUCUUAUCAUCACACAAUGAUCAAGUUGAUUUUGACAAAUCUGAAAUUGGCAUUCUUUUCGGCCUACCGUUAUGUUAAUUAUUUAUCGAUCAUUAUUAUUGAUUACUGGUUAUUAUUGUUAUCUGUAUGCGGUAAAUAUGUAUGUAAAUAAGAAAAAUAUAAAACAUGGAUGAGAUAUGAA